AUGAAGGGUAUUACAUUCUGCGUCUUACUUUGCUCCGUUAGUCUCAAUGCUAUGCCAUCAGAAUUAGACAAUCAAUUACGUAUAAUUGAAGGGUUAAGAAGAAGAGGAGGAGCUGCUAAGCUUGGGGAAGAGAUUUCUGGUGGUAUAGCUGGAAGUAUUAGCACAUCGAUUGCUGCCCUUGCUGGACUAGGCCUGAGCGUUCUCGAAGCAAUUGGAGGAGGGAUAGUCGGUAUUGGCGAUAAAACGUCAUUAGGAUUAAUCAAUGGAUUAACUGCUGUGCAUAAUUUAAGAAGAAGUGAACGACGUCUUGAAGCAAAUGAAAAUGUGCUUAAUUCCCCCCAAGAGUUAGAUAUGUUAAGAAGAAGAGAAAUAGCUGAUCCACUUAGGCGACACAUGGACGAUGGUGUACCUACAUUAGGGUUACCAGAUGGGUUGAGAAGAAAAGGAGGAGCUGCUACGCUUGGGGAAGAGAUUGCUGGUGGUAUAGCUGGCAGUAUUAGCACAUCGAUUGCCGCCCUUGCUGGACUAGGCCUGAGCGUUCUGGAAGCAAUUGGAGGAGGGAUAGUCGGUAUUGGCGAUAAAACGUCAUUAGGAUUAAUCAAUGGAUUAACUGGUGUUCAUAAUUUAAGAAGAAGUUUAAGAUCAGAAUUUGACGGUAUAGGAAAUGAAGGUGUUGAUGAACAUUUUCAUAUACCUGUUAAUUGGCUAGAUGAUCCAUACGAUUCGGAGUUGAUAGAUUCAGGAAUUGGGAUUUUAGGGGUUGGAGAUAUACACGCUAGAGAUGUAGGCAUUGCGGGUAUAGGAAAGAUAUUUUGCACCGUACUUUGCUCCGUUAGUCUCAAUGCUUUGCCGUCAGGAUUAGACGAUCGAUUACCUAUAAUCGAAGGGUUUAGAAGACAAGGAGGAGCUGCUAACCUUGGGGAAGAGAUUGCUGGUGGUAUAGCUGGAAGUCAUAGCACAUCGACUGGUUUACUUACUGGAUUGGGCUUGAAAGUACUUGAAGCAAUUGGGGGAGGGAUACUCGGUGUUGGCGAUAAAACGUCCGGGUUAACUACUGUGGGUGAUUUAGAAAGAAAACAACCACCUCUUCUAAUAAAAGAAAAUGUACAUAAUUCACUCCAGAAGUCAAACGAGUCAAAAAGAGGAGAAAUGAGUGAUUCGCUUAGUCCGCAUAUGGAUGGUGGUGUAUCCCGAUUAGACCCUGAACCUGAUCACUCAGUAAUUCAUGGAAAUGAAGGAGUGGUUCAGAUAAUUCACUCUGGUGUACCUUCUGGAUUACAAAUUUUAGAUGGGUCAAGAAGAAAAGGAGAAGUUGAUGAAAUUGGGAAAGAAAUUGGCGUUGGUGUACCUAAAAAUAGUGGAAUACCGCAUGAUUUAAAUGCAGUUUUAGAUAGGAAGUUGAACAAUCUUUGGGUUGAUAAACCUUUAAAAGUAGAUAGAGACCUAGCAAAUUUAGUUUUAGGUAACGAGAAA